AUGACAUUAAAACUGUUAAUAUACAUGUCUUUAAUUAUACGGCAUGUAAAUUCUCAGAGAUCACAGACUCCAAUUAUGUAUCAACAAAACGUACCCGAUAUCUAUAAUAGCGGACAGAUAUUUUUUGAAAAUUCUCACUAUAUCCACCCGCAAAUAAAUUUAGGUUAUACUAUUGAUUCACAUGACAAGUUUUCUCGAGAAUAUGACAAAAAUACAAGGCAAAUUUUAGUUGACAACAGAUUUGAACCUAAUAACAAAGAGUCAUACGGUCAACCACAAAUACAAACACAACAAACGAUUUACCAACACACAGUGCAACCAGAUCAGAAGAUUUAUAGCGAAGACAAUAUACAUAGUGAUGGUACGAGAACUACAAUAGCUGAAACAAUUAUAGAUGAAGACAUUUCAUCCAAAUUUGGUAAGGGCGAUACAGGAAAAUUGAGCCAAAAUACAAAUUUCAAUAAUAAAACUUUCGCUAUAACCAGCUUUGGCUUAAAAUUGUUAAAGGGUAUGAGUCGGGAUCCAGGAAACAUUUUAGCAUCCCCAUAUUCAAUCGCUAUGCUUCUGGCUCUUAUACAACAGGAUACACUUCAACUGGACACUCUAGCAGUCUUGGUAAAUGCCAUUUACUUUAAAGGAAUUUGGGAAACUAAAUUUCGUACAGAAUUGACAAAACCGAAAACGUUCUAUCUCAGCAAUGGUUCAAGAAAAGUUGUACCGUUUAUGCACGCACGACGAAUGUUCCAAACAGAUAUCGAUCCUGAAAUUAAUAGUAAAGUACUGUUAAUACCGUUUGAAAAAGCGCAGUAUUCCAUGAUGAUUAUCCUUCCAUUUGAAGGGGUUAAUGCUCUCGACGUCCUAUCAUCGUUAACUGAACAAAAGUUGUAUGCUUACCAGACAUUUACAGCCAAGGAAGUCCAAUUGGAAAUUCUGAACUUUGUAAGUAACUUUUCUAAAGGUGUCCACAACGCUGUGCUGUCCAUUGACGAGCAAGGAGGAUCAGCGGCGGCGGCUACUGCCUUCUCCGUGGUUGCGUUAUCCAAUGAUGAUUCUGCUAUAACUUUCCGUGUAAUUAGACCAUUUUUGAUUGUGCUGUGGGAUAGUCAACUCAAUGUUCCACUGUUUAUGGGCAAAAUUGAAGAUCCAACGUCAUAG